AUGGAUAACAACAAUACUGUUGAGCCUCCACGGCACACCUCGCUUCCCAUCGAGAUCUGGAUUAUUGUCGCCCAGCAUGUCCCCAGUUUGUGGGACCUGGCGGCGCUCGGGCGCGUCUCACGGGCGCAUCACGACGUGCUCAACUCUGUGCUGUAUAGAGCCGCUGCCUCCUCAGAUAGCAGGCUAAGGGCCAUAUUCUGGGGUGCAGUCCAUGACCUGCCGCGCACAGUAACUAAUUGCCUUGUCGCGGGCAUCGAUGUCAAUAGCACUUGGGAGAAUCGGGACCGUUUUCAUGGCAAACCAAACGAUAUACCAGCCCACGGCGAUGUUGGGACAGAAGUUACUACGCCACAAGAGGCUUUCUACGCCACAUACUGGUCGCCGAUUCAUAUUGCUGCGGCCCACGGCAAUACCGAAAUCCUGGACCUUCUGCUUCGACAUGGCGCCCAGCCUGACAAGGCGUGUCACGGCAUGUGCAGAUGCCAUCGAUGGCCGCUGGGCAUCAAUAUGCUCGGCCCAAGAUCACAUGUUGGGCCAGGACCGCCAGACUGGACAGCGUUCCAUAUGGCCAUCUGUUCAGGUUCGUCUCUCUCCGCGGUGAAGUAUCUCUUUCAGCAUGUGUCCAUGAACGUGGAGAGCUUAGAACGACACCCAGACCAGGAACCCGUGGGUCUGACCCCCCUCCAUACCGCCUGCAUAGCUGGUCGAGUCGAUAUCGUCAAGUGGCUACUCAAUGAUGUUGGGGGCAUUGAACUCGAGUCCAGGGACCCCUACAACCACCAGACUCCGUUGGCGUGUGCUUAUCUCUACGACAACCAGGACUGCUUUGACUACUUACUUAGUUGCGGUGCAGACAUCAAUGCCACCGCCCCUGGGCCACUCGAGCUCAAUGACCCAGACUAUGUGUCCCCGGUCCACAAGGGAACAUUAUUGUACCACGCCAUCGCAUGCCACAGAUUCAAGACAGCCAGAAGAUUGAUCGAGCGCGGGGCCGAUCCGAUAUUGGCCAACAGACUACGGGGUGCCCAGAAACCACUCAUCCAUUUGGUCUGCAGCGGCUCGUGGGACUCGGUUUCCGACUCGUCCAAAGCAAGUCACAAGGAAGACGGGGCCGAGCUGCUAGACUGUUUCCUCAACCUGGGUUUGGACUUUAACACCACCAGCGAAGGCCACACUGCGCUGGGUCAUGCCGCUGGUUCAGGGAAUACGGAGGCCGUUCGCCGCUUGUCGCAAGCCGGCGCCUCUGUCGACGGAGAUCCUGAGAAAGAUCGGUGCACCCCUCUUGCGUAUGCUUGCGAGAAUGCACGGGGCAGGCCGCUGCUGGAGCUGGUCCAGCUCCUCAUCAGCCUCGGCGCCUCGACCAACGCAAUAGCUGCAAAUACCGCAUCACCUUUGUGGAAUCUUGCAUCCAUAUUCGAGGGUGGGCCCGACACUAGAGAGGUUACGGAACUGCUUCUUCGCCAUGGGUCGACGCCCGGACGCGGGACGGGCUCGACUGCUGGGCCAACCAUUCUGUCAGAGUUUCCAUUUACCGUGAACGAUUAUUACCGCGAGAUCACGGCUCUCGAGCAGCGAUUACGGGACAGAAAUCUUGAAGAGUUCAAAAUGCUCCUCGGGCACUAUAGCCCCAGCGAAGCCGAAGUCCUGACGUUCUGGGAGAUAACCCGCGACAAAAAUGAUCCGGAGGCUGCUCGCUUUCUUCUUUCCUGGGAUCAAGAUUGCACGAUUGCCCGACUGGCACCCGACGCUCUUGUCAGUUUCCUCUCUGCUGAUACCGGCGACAUCCCGGUGACUCUCCUGAAGCAGGGGGCCGACCCGCACCUGUUGUGGUUUUCGUUCGAUCCGUUAGAGCACAUGCUGAACCAGCGGAAGUGGCCAUUGUCCGCGAAGCUCCCAAUCAUGCUGGCCCUCAUGGAGGCAGGAUGUUCCAUUCAUAAGCCGUUAGAGCCCCAGCCACGCCCAGAACCGAUCAUCGCUACCCCUCUGGGGUUGGCAAUCCAGGGAUUAGAGCCCUUUACGGAGAUAGUCGACUUUCUAUUGGAACAUCAGCCGUUGAGGAGUCACGGCCACACCAUGGUCGGCGAAUAUAUUUCUCAAGCGUGUUGCCUCGGCAAUGUGAAGGCAUUGCAGGCAAUCAUCCGAUCCACCGAGGCGGCUCUUCCGAUCAUCAGGAGAGACGCCAACCGGCUGAUCCACAGCCUCCUUGACAACGUUCCCUUUAGGCAAACCUCUGUUCGAGACAUGAUGGCAACCAUUGACUGUUUGGAACUUCUUUUGGGAUCAGGCACUGUUGAUAUCACCGCUGAGAAGACGGAGACUGCACAUCAUGGAUCAAUCAUGGGGAGGCUACUCAAGUACACCCAACUCCCUCCACUACUCGGAGAUACCACUGAGAUUCGAGGAGCUACCUGGUGCUUUCAGCAAAGAAUGGAAUUGGGAGUGUCUGACAAAGCAGUGACCUUCAAGCCACAAACUAUGUCGAUGUACUUCCAGCUCCAUCUAUCGGUUCAUCAAGUCGGGUUGAUAGUCGGCCACCCAUACAGACAGCUAGAAAUCGUUUCACUCCAUCAGCGAACCCCGAAAUGA